CUGCUUGAUAAUUGGCAUCCACGCCGCCGCCGAGCGCAGCCGGAGGAAAGCAGCAGCAGGAGUGCAGUCGCGUCUGAAAAUUAGCAGCAUCGCUCAACCAAACGCAGGAAACAUCCACCAGGAAAUCUUUUCUUACAUCAUGGAGCAGAAACAAACCAUCAACUUUGGCGCCGGUCCUGCAAAACUCCCCCAAUCCGUGCUGCUUCAAGCUCAGAAGGAGCUCCUCAACUUCAGUGGCCUCGGUAUUAGUGUCCUCGAGAUGAGUCACCGAUCAGGAGAUUUCAACAAAAUCAUCAACAAAACGGAGAAUCUCCUGCGAGAGUUGUUAAACAUCCCGGACAACUACAAGGUGAUGUUCCUGCAGGGCGGCGGCUCUGGACAGUUCAGCGGUGUCCCCCUCAACCUGAUUGGUCUUAAAGAGGACAUGUGCGCCGAUUACCUGGUGACCGGCACGUGGUCGGCAAAAGCAGCGAAAGAAGCAGAGAAAUACGGCAAAGUCAACAUUGUCCACCCGAAGCUGGAUAGUUACACGAAAAUCCCGGACCCCAGCAGCUGGACCCUGAACCCCUCAGCCUCAUACGUGUACUACUGCUGCAACGAGACGGUCCACGGCGUGGAGUACAACUUCACACCUGAGACUAACGGGGUUGUUCUCGUCAGCGAUAUGUCCUCCAACUUCCUGUCUCGACCUGUGGACGUGUCGAAGUUUGGGCUGAUUUUCGCCGGCGCUCAGAAGAACGUCGGCUGUGCUGGGGUAACUGUGGUCAUCGUGCGAGAGGACUUGAUAGGCCACGCCCUCAAAGAGUGUCCCAUUGUCCUGGACUACAAGGUGCAGACUGAAAACAACUCCCUCUACAACACACCGCCGUGUUUCAGUAUCUACAUCAUGGGUCUGGUUCUGGAGUGGAUUAAGAACAACGGAGGCAGUGCUGCUAUGGAGGUGCUCAACAAGCAGAAGUCCUCCAUGAUUUAUGACAUCAUCAACACCUCUAAUGGUUUCUAUGAGUGUCCCGUAGACGUGACUUGUCGAAGCCGCAUGAACGUACCGUUUCGUGUGGGGAAGAAAGAAGGCAACGAAGCUUUGGAAAAGGACUUUCUGGCCGGUGCAUCCAAACGUGGAAUGAUAUCGCUGAAAGGACACAGGUCAGUUGGAGGAAUUCGGGCAUCUCUGUAUAACGCUGUGACGCUGGAGGACACUGCAGCCCUGGCCACCUAUAUGAAAGAGUUCCUGAAAGAGCACCAGUAAAACAAGCCAGUCUCAAAAGUCAGGUGACAUCACACAGAAGCAUUUCAAAACUACAUUUUACAGCUGAAAAUAAAAGUUUGCUUCUUCUAGAUAAGAUCCAUGUUGGAUCUGGAAGGUGCACCUUUAGACACAUUUUGUAAAACCUGUUCAAUGUUUCCUAAUAAGCUUUAACCACUACUAUUGCCAGUAAUGUCUUAAAUACAUGUGUGUGUCUUAGAAUUACUGUUUUAAUGCAUUUGUUGACUAACAGUGCUUUAAUGUAAAUACUGUAGGUAAUUCUUGUUAGCUGUUUAAAAUACAUUUACAUUCCAGUAAAUAUUAACUUGGCAAUAUUUAAGUUUUGCAGCACAAUCUAUUGUCUUGAGUGCAUUUUACUAUAAACAGCAUUCUGUAUUUUAUAACCAUUUUGAGCCAAUAUCAGAUUCCUAAACAUAUUUUUAUGUGCACUUUGAAGUGUUACAUUACAAAAAGCUGCACGGAGAUCCCAACAUUUGCUAGAACAUCCUAAAUUUUGCAAAAGAAAAACAGUCAUUGGGUGGUUUUUUUUACCUUUCGUGAAAAAGAGUUAAUGCGCUAAAUAGGAUAUGGAAACACCUUUGCUGAGUAAGUAGCAAACAUUUAACAUGACUGAAGCACUUUAUCUACUGUCUGCUACUUUUUGGUUAUUCCCAAUUUGCCUUUGUGCCUGAACAGUAUGAAUUAUGGUAAAUUCUCGCUGACAUGAAAGAACAACUGAAACUUGCCCACUUGAAACAAAUUCUUUAAGACCUCGCUUCAUUUUUCUCCCAUCAGCUUGCAGCCUCUACUUCCUCUACUCUGUUUACUGUCAAAACACAGCCAUGUCUAAAUCGAAUAGCCUAUAAUGCCAACUUUUUGACAAAAGUGCUUUGUGUAGCUCAGUUUAUUCACUUUAAACCACGCUGAUUAUAGUUUGUAUUCUUCCCUUUUUAUUAGUAUUUAGCUUUUCAUUUUUAUUCUAGUUACCAGAGUGGAUUGGCUUUGUCUCCCUUUUGUUUUUGUUAAUUAAACGUUUAGUUUUUCUUAGUUUUAGGAGCAAGAUUUAGGAAGUUCAGAAAAGGUAUUACAACAGAGCAACCAUUUUUUGAAGGCAGUUGACUCAGAGUUAUUUAGACAUCCCAGUCUUGAGAAACGGAUACACCAAUGCCUCCUCAUGCUGGCUGUGUUCACAAAUUUGACUAAACUGGCAAAGAAUAAAACUUACAACUCUUACUUUA